AAGUAAAGGUUUACUUUGAGACCGGAGGCUUAAUUCGACAGACCGACUGGAAACAAACCACCGAAGGCAGCAGAAGACAAAGAAUGUCAAUUAUGGGCAAAAUGGGGGACUGGCAGGACCGUCACGACGGCACCAGCAACGGGACAGCCAGGCUACCUCAGCUGGGCGGCGUGGGCCAGAGUCCCUACACGAGCGCUCCUCCGCUCUCCCACACGCCAAACUCGGACUUCCAGCCCCCGUACUUCCCCCCGCCCUACCAGCCCAUCUACCCGCAGUCUCAGGACCCCUACUCGCACGUCAACGACCCGUACUCCCUGAACUCCCUGCACGCUCAGCCGCAGUCGCAGCAUCCGGGCUGGCCGGGCCAGAGGCAGAGUCAGGAGAGCGGCCUGCUGCACCAGCACCGCGCUCUGCCCCACCAGCUGUGCCGGGAGUACCGCAGAGACGUGCUCCUACAGUCCGGUCACGGGCUCGACACGGGACUGGACUCUAUCCCCAUCCACGGAAUACCUCACUCUUUAGAAGACGUCCAGCCUGUUGAGGAUCAAGGAAUCCACAUUCCCGACCAGACUGUAAUUAAAAAAGGUCCGGUGUCUUUAUCCAAGAACAACAGCGUCUCCGCCAUCCCCGUAAAUAAGGACGGUCUUUUCGGAGGGGUGGUUAACCCAAACGAGGUGUUCUGCUCGGUUCCGGGUCGCCUGUCUCUCCUCAGUUCCACAUCAAAGUACAAGGUCACGGUGGCAGAGGUGCAGAGACGCCUCUCGCCGCCCGAGUGCCUCAACGCCUCUCUGCUGGGCGGGGUGCUCAGGAGGGCCAAGUCCAAGAACGGAGGGAGAUCCUUGAGGGAGAAGUUGGAUAAAAUCGGCUUAAAUCUACCUGCGGGGAGACGCAAGGCAGCCAACGUCACCUUGUUGACGUCACUAGUGGAAGGAGAAGCGGUGCAUCUCGCCAGGGACUUUGGUUACGUUUGUGAGACCGAGUUUCCAGCCAAGGCAGUAGCUGAAUAUGUAAACCGGCAGCAUUCCGACCCAAACGAACAAGUCCAAAGAAAAAACAUGCUAUUGGCCACGAAGCAAGUGUGCAAAGAGUUCACAGACCUGCUGUCGCAGGACCGCUCGCCCCUGGGAAACUCGCGGCCACAGCCCAUCCUGGAACCGGGAAUCCAAAGUUGUUUGACCCACUUCAGCCUAAUCUCGCACGGCUUCGGGACCCCGGCGCUGUGCGCGGCCGUCACGGCCCUCCAGAACUAUCUAACCGAGGCGAUCAAAGCCAUGGACAAAAUGUACCUCAACAACAACCCCAACAGUCACUCGGACAACGGCACUAAAGGUGGAGACAAGGACGAGAAGCACAGAAAGUGAUGUCUCCAUGUUUUUCCUCACACUUGGGGCCAAAAAUAAAAAAAAAUAAAAAUAAAAAUAAACAACUGGACCCAUCUUCUGCUCCUACCCCCCCCCCCCCCCAUCGCCUCACCUGUCUCACCCAACCAGUACAAAUAUUAUAAAUACCUUAUAAAUAUUACUGAUAAACUUAAACCUGCACUUCCUGGUUCUGUUGUUUUUCCUCCACAUGGAUUCGAUUGGAAACAAGAAUCUUCUCCUUUCUUCACCUUUUUUUAGAGAAAAAAAGAAACUGAAAAUAAAUAAAUAAAUAAAAAAGCUGCAGAGGAACAGCUCCAGGGCGAGGGGAAGGUCCUGCCUCACCCAGAAGACUUCUCAUGUCCUCCCCCUUUCUGUUCUCUUUUUUUUAACAAAUGGACUGAAGAUCCAGCAACCCGUCUAUAUAUCUCAGAUUGUGAGCAAACGGAGCUUAAAGAGGAGGAAAUCUUAUCAGUAUUGUGAAUAAAAGACUUGAAAAAAUGAAAGAAAGAAAAAAAGAGAAACUCCACACAUCUCCAUGUCAUGACUUCAGUUGUAGACUCCCACUCGUCCUCUGAGCGACCAACUUGAACUUUAUUUUUAUUCUUUGAAUUUCAACACGAUUCACGAUUAUAUAAGGGAAUCAGUGUUCAUGUGUGUAUAUAUUUAUUUAUGUGUAAUUUAAUGGGAAUUGUAAAUAUGGUGCGUCUGUUGAAACUUCCUUUUUUAUUUAUCUGGUGCCUCCUGUUUUAGUGGGUUUUUGAAUAUUCAGUUAGUUCUUCAUGUGAUUUUAUGGUUCUAGAAAACACGUUUUGGGGUAUUUUUAUUUUACUUUUUCAUUUUCUCUGGGAUAUUUCAAUUCAGCCCUCUUGUAGCAUGUUGAGCGUGACACUGAAGCAAGUGAACAAAUAGAAAAUAAACUUCCCUUUCUCUCUCUCUCUAUCAUCCUAUUCAGUUGUUUUCUUUUGAACUGAAACAAGAGCAGAACUGAGACCCCUGAGGAGAAUUAUUUGAAAUCUUUGUUAUUUUUAGUGUGUCUAUUUUCAUUUUAAACAAGCUUUUAUGUGUUGUGCCAAUCUGAACCCCCCACAUUCUCUUCUUGAAGCACCAUAAAAGCAAUAAAUGGAAUAUUGUCUUUUUUUCAGUGUUCAAAAAAAAUCAUUCAAAAUUUUUAUUUCUAAUUUUUUUAAAGGGGACCACCUGAUAUCUUGUCAUGUCCGAUUAUGUCCAAACCUGGAGGCGGUUUUAGCUGUAUUGUAUAGACAUGUGCUGGCAAUAGUCCCUCUGCCUGUCUAUGUAUUAUAGUCCUUUGUUGCCCAGAAAAAAUAAAUAUUUGAUACGCUUCA